AAUAAAAAUGGGGCGUGUGUUGUUGAUGUUAUUGCCUCUUACUCUAAGCCUCAUCCUACAACCAUAUGCAGCCGAUGCCCUCAACGUUCGAGGCCUUCCUAUACUCAGCAAAAAAAACCCUGGCAAAGGACCGAAUCCCCUAAUACAAAAGGCAUGUGCUACGGCACAAUUCAAACAAUCAUGCAUUCAGACCAUCACCGCACAACCAGGAAGUGCCACCGCAGAUUUAAAGACCCUGGCAUUCAUCUCUCUUAACACAACUAAGGCUCUAGGAUCCAGAAUUGCUGCUUGGGUUGGUGACAAGCUCGAGGACCAAGAGUCGAUGGGUCCUGGCAUCGAGCAGGCCUUGACGGAUUGCAACGAUCAGUACACUGAUGCAAUGGCCCAACUCGAGGACUCGUUGGUUGCCUUCUUCUCUAAUGCUUAUAAAGAUGUUAAGACUUGGAUGACAACUGCCAUGAACAAUGCAAAUACUUGCGAGAAAGGCCUUAAGAAGGGCAAUGCAAUAGGCGUAAUGGGUGACAAGAAUAAGGUGUUUGCGCAACAUUGUUCUAAUUCUUUGGCUAUUGUCAAUGUCUUGGCCCAAAAACAUUAAAAACAUGGAUUUUCUUUAUACGUGGGUGAUGUUUGCCUUUUCUUUUCCCUUGUAAUUUCGCCAGCUUUAGUUUUAUAAGUUUCUUAUUUUUGUAAUCUGGUUAAACUCAAUUCAUUCGUUGUAACCUCGUUGUCAAAUUAAACGGAAAUUGUUGAUUUUCAUGUUUUAUUGACAUAUA